GUUUUAUUUUGUUUCUUUUUGUAGGUUUCUGUUAUCGUAUUUUCUAUUUCCUUUCUCAUCUUUUCUUUAUUUGUGUAUUUACUCUAUGUAAUCUGUUUCUUUGUUUGUCUUUUGUUUGUUUGUUUUGGUUAAGUUUUCGUUUCUUGUUUUCGUCGCGUUCGUGCGUCAUCAAAAAAAUAAUAAUAAUCAAGAACACGAGUGAACACCAAAACGUCAUCAUUAAACCCCAAAAUCUGAACCCUGAAGAACACCAACCAGCGGACGUCAUCUCCAACAUCACCAACACCACCAACAUCACCAACAUCACCAACACCACCGGCCUCCAUUGAUCGUGGAAUGUCGAACUUACUCACGUUCAGUCGCGCCGUUCGCCGAUGUUGCAGCAAUUAACUUUCUCGAGCACGAUCUUGCAGCACGACCGUGUCCCUUUGCAACGUCUUAUAUAAAGGAAAAAAAAAAGGGAGGGGGAGUUUGUAGACUGACGACGGAGAUAUAUAGAGGAACCUGACAACUGAGUCAUCUCUCUGACAGCAAAGGGUAGCCCUGUUGAUUAAAAAUCUCUUUGGCAGCACGAUUUCCCUCUUUCCUGUACAGAGAAAAAGUCUGACAACAGCAAGAUAUCGAUCGACCUGACAACAUCUUUGACACCACGAUCCCCAUCCUGCAACCUCAGAGAAGAGAGGAGACUGACAACAGCAACAUAUAUAUAUAUAUAAGUCGACGUGACAACGAAAUCUCUCUUGAGGUCCGAAUAGAAGCGGCCAUAGCAUGUUGAAUCUCGUGGAGUGCGAAUAAUGCACUGGUCGAAGGGGGUGUCAUUAGGAUAGUGAGCAACGCCUGGAAGUGUUAUUUAUUAUUCAUUACUAUUAUUAUUAUUCAUAUAGCGUAAGAAGAAUAAGGACAAGAUGCGUCUAAGCGCGCUGGUCGUGUUCGGACUCGCCUGCGUGUAUUUGCGGGUGGGUUUUUGCCUCGCGGCGCUCCCUUCCUCUCCAGGUGUCAACAAAGCCCAAGAAUCGCUGGUUAGAUCUCGCAUUCUACCGGACGUCGAGCUUCGGGAUCUGCCCAGAAUAAAUACGGACGGAAGGAGAAAUGACUACCUCGCCACCUUGCUCUAUCUGCAGUCUCUCGAGUCGUUCAAGUCCCGAACAAGUCGAGAAAACACGCGGGACGUCUCAGUCCAACAAAGGGAGGCUUCGAAUCCCCACAAAAACGGAGUCGAACCCGCUGCACUGAAUCCCAUUGGAAAGCUAGGUCACGCUCGCCGUUCCCACGCUACGCCAACUCGCUCAAACGAGAAGAGCAACCACCACGAGAGACUCAUCAACAUUGCAACCCACCCGGUGCAGUCCCCCGCCGACCAGACACGCCCCUCUCCCCGCGUUUCACAGCCUCCAGCAGCAGCGCAUCUCCGGAACGCCACCCUCUUGACGGCAGACAUCCGGCCGCGAGACGUCCCCUUCCACCUGCGCGUCGUUCCCCCUCGCUUCCUCCUCCUCCGCCAGGAAGUCUCCGGCGGCGAAAAGAAAGAGGGGAAAAAGAGGCAUGCGGAGGAGACCCAGAUAGGAAAGACACGCAGGGAGGAGAAGGAAACACAAGCUGAGAGGACACGCUUACGAAAGACGACCGGGGAGAAGACAAAAGCCGAGGGGACACACGUAAGAAAGAAGGCGCUAGGAGAUGGCAAGAAACAAACGACGGAGAAGGCCCAGGGAGAGGAAACACGGGGAAUGAAAGACACACACGUAAAAGACACACCCGGCGGGGAAAACACACACGCAGUAGAAAAACAGGUAGCGGAUCUCCACCACUCGAGGGGCGUUUCGAGCGACCCCGUUUUAAGGAGAGGGACCCGGGAGGUGGCGACGUCCAGGCAGUUCAGCGGGCCGCCCUUCGACCUCCUGCCGAGGCUGUUAGCGGCCCUCGACAACCCGGCCGUCGUCGUGUUGCUCCUCAUCCUUAACGCGUGGGUGGCCUACGCGGCGUUCACGGGCAUCCUCUUCAACCCUUUCGUCCUCCUCGGCGCCGGGGACACGUCGUCAUCGUCAUCGUCUUCGUCAUCGUCUUCGUCAUCGUCUUCGUCAGGAUCGGGGGCGUCGUCGAUAAACCCCGUUCCUGCCAGUCUGUUGCUUGGGGUUGAUCAGCUAACUGGCCAGGUCAUUCCGGGCGCCCCCGACGAAUCCCCGCCCGACCCUGCGGAGAUCGACCCCAUCCUCGGGACGCCCUCCGUCGUGCCCGUAGACUCGCAGACGCCGUUGAUCGUGGGCGGAGGUUCCCCCACGCCCGAUUCGUCGCCGUCGAUCCUGGGCGGCGAUUCGUCCACGUCCGAUUCGCCCGACUCGAUAACGGGCGGGUCCUCGGCGACGGUCGACGUGCCGACGUCCGAGGAUUCCACCUCCUCUUCAGACACGUCCUCCUCCUCCUCCUCCUCCUCUUCCUCAGCUACCGAAUCCUCCUCCGGCCCCUCCAGCACGGACUCCUUCGGCUUCAUCCCGGUGGUGUCCCUCACCGGGGAAACCAUCGGGUCCUUACGCCCGUCCUCCACCACGGACAUCAUCGCCUCGCAGGGCGCCACCGAGGAGUCUACUGAAGGCGUCGUGCCCUCCGUCGACGCCACCGUGUUGGCGUUCCUGCAGAAUAUCUCGACGACUUGGCCGGAAAACGCGACCCCCUCGGCCUCGCCCCCGAGCCUCUCCUCCAUCCUGCCGCUGCCGUCGCCCCGCCCCACGACCUCCGAGGGCGACGUCCCCAUCUCGUGGCUCUACACGGACGCCACGGACGGCAGCACGGACCCCCCUGAGCCCACUGUGGCCCCGAGCUAUCCCGUCCUGCACGCGUGCCUCGUGCUGGGCGGGGACGUGCCCUCGUGCGUGGCCCAGGCGCAGCUCUACGGCCAGCUGCUGUUCGAACACACCGUCAACUCCCUGCAGAAGCCGGCGACGGACGAGGCCACGCCGUCCGCCAUCGAGGUGAUCAAGCAGAAGCACCCGUACGCGGAGGUCAUCAACGGCACGAUCCCCACGACGGCGGAGGGCGAGGGCGAGGGCGAGGAGCAGCCGGGCACGCAGAACCAGAAGCCGCCCACCAAGGGGCAGGUCAUCGCGGCCAACUUCCCCCACGCCGUCGUGCAAGGGGGCGGCGCCCAAGGGGCCGAGACCGCCAUCGAGAAGGUGCCGUCGAAGGACCAGUACAUCACGGAGGAGUUCCCGCAUGCGGUCGUGGUGCAGGGUCCUGCGGCAGGCGGGAACAGGCCUGAGGACUACCCCCACGCCCAGGUGAUCGACACGCCCACGAUAACCAACGCCGACGCCCUCCCCAUCCUCCAGCAGGUCCUCAACAAGGUGCAUUACGUCCAGCAGACCUUCCCGCAUGCGCAGAUCGACCCCGCCGUCAGCGCCGCCGUCAACACCCAGAUCAUCAACCCCAUCAAAGACCUGAAGGUCCCCUCCGACACCCAGCGGGAGAACGAAGCCGCAGAGAGCGUGCCGGUGUUCCCCGACGACGCCGCAGACGCGUCCUCCGGAGUCCUGCUCACGCCUCUUCACGCGGAAGGCAUCGAGCACACGCAAGCAACGAACCAGGUGAUACAGAACAUCCAACAGGUCAUCCAAAGCGUCCGUCCGCAAGCACAGAAGCCAGGCCAGGACGCAGACACGGCGCAGAGCGACGACGCGCAGGGGAAAGGAGACGCGGAUGAUGUCGCCAAGGAAAACGAGAAGGACGCAGGUCCGCACAGGGACUUCAAGAAGGACGCUAAGGCCCAGCUGAUCGAAAGGCUGUUCCCUCACGCGCAGGUCGUCCCGAAUCGGCCUCUGCACCGCGGGAAAGGGCUAUGAGGGUCUUUAUUUCGUGAUUUCCUGGACUACGUGAGCGGAUUCCGUGUGUAAAAUAGGCCCUACUAAUUUAUUUUGUACAUAUGCUCUUCUGUUCCGAGACUUAAGCUUGAUCACUGUACAAUACAGACAAACAGAACAGGAAAGAUUAAACAUUAGCAUCAAGACAAACCAUAACAUGAAUGUGAUUUUGUGUCGAAAACUAGAAUCAAGAAAGAACGAUUUCUGGAAAAUGUAAUUAUGCAUAUACUUAUUUUUAUUAAAGUGCAAAAACAGACACAUAAUAAUUAGUGCACAUGACAGUGAAAUCUCUGUGAAGUGAAAUAGCGAACAGAGUCAAUUAUAAGAACAUUUCAUUAACACCACAAUUUACCUUACAUGAACUCCAACCAAUCAAGACUAUCUGAUACAGAAAAAUAUCAUUUAUUCAGUUUUAUACACAAAAAAUAUCAGACACUGAAAACUACAACGUUUUAUGUCAUUGUUCAUAUGUGUAGAUUUCAGACAGACAGUACUCUAGAUGCCCAGUGUCAGUGUAGCAGAGAGGAACUUAAAGUUGCUUGUAAUGAUCACUUCUUCGGUACAGAAAGGAAAGUGCUAUAGAAAGCUGCAUCACCUUGCAUGAUACACGCAUGAAUUGUUGCAAUAGCAAGCGAGCUUCUGCGUUAUAUAGAUACAUUUUUUACUAAUUAUUAUUCUUUUUUUAUCUAGCUUUUUUUUAAGAGAAAAACAUACAUAGUUGUGAACGAAGCCCGUAAUUUGAAGCGUCUCUCGUCCGGAACGAAGCUGUUUCGAAUCACAUGGUACUCGAUUCAUAUAUCAUCCACUGAGUCGUCAGCAAGUGUCAGCGCCAGAGAAUUCGGUCGUUGUCACUUGUCAGCACCUGUAGUGUCGACAGUUGGUGGAUAUCGCUAGUUGCUAGUUGGAAACGCUGCUAGAAUGAAGGUGUUGCUAGGAAGAAAUUGCAAUACUUAAGCGCCUGUGUGUCGUUUCGGCUAAAUCUAUGGCGAUGCUUCUCACCCGUUUUUUUCUGAAGGAUUUAUGUGCAAUUCAGAACAAGGAAAUGUAUAGUGCGACGCUGGUAAAGAACACAAUGAUAUCAAAACACUGGGUGACUUUUGGAGUACUUGAUAACCUAAUAGUGUUUGCUUAUUUAUUCCGGGAGCCAUCGUAGACGAGCAAUAUAUGUAUGAAUAAUACACACACACGGGCGCGCGCUUAUACACGCACAAAUAUUCAUACACACACGCAGGCGCGCAAACACGCAGGCACGCAUACACUGUGUACGCAUAUACCCAUACAAUGUUAUGCAAAUAUAAAGGUUCAGGCCUAUAAUAGUGUCAAAUACGCAUUACAUAGACAUGUACAUUACAUAUACACGCUGUCAGACACACGCUUAAUAUACAGUACAUACAUUUUAACGCAUCAAUUCUUUGUCAUUAUUUUAUUAUUAUAGUUACUAUUAUUUUAUAUAUUUAUUAUUAUUAUUUUACUGAGAAAAGUUAUCUACACUAAUCCAUAACAAAGAAUGACAGCGAUGACAUGUAUAUCUAACCAAAAAAAAAAAAAAAAAUAUUUGAUAAGAUAUUAACCUAACCAUUACUUGUAUGAGCCUUUGUUAAUUUAUUGUACAUGUAUAUAUA